GAAAAGAGAUAAUGGCCAAUACCAGAAAACAUUGUUGCCAUCAUAUUCCUAUUAUCUUGUCUUUUGCAAAUUCUCCUAUGAGUUUCAUUCUUCUAACUUCUAUGUCUUUCAACCUUUCAUUGUCUUCCACAAAAACAUAUUCCUUUGCAACAACCUUUUAAAACUUGAACACUUCACCUUGCUUACGUUGUUUGGUUUUGGAAAAAUCUUAGCUGAAGAACACUGCAAGGUUCACUGUGUGCUGAAAAUUAAGCUAAAAAACGAAUCUUUAUAGGUUUUGUUUUUGGCCCUUCUUUUCUUGGUUGGUAGCUUGUGGCUGACAAGAUAACAACAAGUAUCAAUUCAUGUUUGGAAUUAGAAACUCUUAAUGAUUCUUUGAUUCUUUUAAAGGCGUGUGUGAAUUUCAUAUUAUAGUGUUACCAUUUUGAAUUUAAAGCUAUUUUUCUUUUGGUUGGAUAAGAUAGCAUCUUCUCUUCUCAAACUUGUCAUGUCUCAUGUUUCUUUUCUAUUCAUAUAGUUUGUUUUUUCAUGAAUUUGAAGGUGGUGUGGUUCAUUUCUGUUCACUAGUGUUGGUUACUGUUGUGGAUGAGUUUGUUACAUGUAAUUGGGUUUAGUCUAAAAGUGGGGCAUCUACUUUUAGUGCUAUGUUGCUGGAUUGUAUCUUUAAUUUAUAUCAACUGGUUCAUUAGUAUGGACACAAAGAUGGGAUUUUUAGGAGAUGGUGGAAAGAUGUGGCUUAAAUGGUGGGAGAAGAUCUUGGGAAGUACAUGUAAAAUCCAUCAACAGUAUUAUCAGUGUAUUGGUUCUAAAAGAGUUAGGAGAGAAUUGUGGAGGAAAUUGUUGCUGGCAUGGGUUUUGGGUUGGUUUAUAGCGUCUUUAUGGAUCUUUUGUGGUAUUAACUUACACAACACUGAAAAGAGGAAAGAGACUUUAGCUAGCAUGUGUGAUGAAAGAGCUAGGAUGUUACAAGAUCAGUUUAAUGUUAGUAUGAAUCAUAUUCAAGCCAUGUCUAUUCUGAUCUCAACUUUCCAUCAUGCUAAGAAUCCUUCUGCCAUUGACCAGAAAACUUUUGCAAAGUAUACAGAAAGAACUGCUUUUGAGAGGCCACUUACAAGUGGUGUUGCAUAUGCUGUAAGGGUGCUUCAAUCUGAAAGGGAACAAUUUGAGAAGCAACAAGGGUGGAGUAUUAAGAGGAUGGAUACCAUGGAGCAGAACCCGGUUCAUGAGGAUGAUUAUGUACCAGAUGAAUUGGAACCAUCCCCUAUCCAUGAAGAAUAUGCUCCUGUCAUCUUUGCACAAGAUACAAUUUCACAUGUCAUAUCUAUUGAUGUGCUUUCCGGAAAGGAAGACCGUGAAAAUGUGUUGCGUGCAAGGGAAUCAGGCAAAGGGGUUUUAACUGCCCCUUUCAGACUGUUGAAAACAAACCGUUUGGGGGUUAUCCUCACAUUUGCUGUUUACAAGAGAGAUCUUCCAUCAAAUGCUACCCCAAAUGAAAGGAUUCAAGCAACUGAUGGGUAUCUUGGUGGGGUGUUUGAAAUAGAGUCAUUAGUGGAGAAAUUGCUUCAACAACUUGCUAGCAAGCAAACCGUGCUUGUUAAUGUGUAUGAUACAACAAAUCAGACACACUCAAUUCCCAUGUAUGGUUCUGAUGUAUCAGGUGACGAGUUCUAUCAUGUGAGCUUUCUUAACUUUGGAGAUCCUUUCAGGAAGCAUGAGAUGCACUGCAGGUUCAAACAGAAACCACCAUUUCCAAGGUUGGCGACGGGUACAUCAAUUGGCAUCCUUGUUAUUGCACUCCUUGUUGGACAUAUUUUUCAUGCAACUGUGAGUCGAAUUGCCAAAGUAGAGGAUGAUUACCAAGAGAUGAUGGUGCUUAAAAAACGAGCUGAAGCAGCUGAUGUUGCUAAAUCCCAGUUCCUUGCUACUGUUUCGCACGAGAUCAGAACUCCAAUGAACGGUGUUUUAGGGAUGAUGAAUAUGCUCAUGGACACUGAUCUAGAUGUAACCCAACAAGAAUAUGUCAGAACCGCACAAGGCAGUGGAAAAGCUCUGGUGUCAAUUAUAAAUGAAGUUUUGGACCAGGCAAAGAUUGAAUCUGGUAAGAUAGAGCUCGAGGCUGUGCUGUUCGAUAUACGAUCAAUUAUGGACGAUGUGUUAUCGCUAUUUUCUGAGAAAUCUCAAGGAAAAGGAGUAGAGUUAGCAGUUUAUGUCUCGGAUCAGGUUCCUCAACAGCUUAUAGGUGAUCCUGGAAGGUUUCGACAAAUAAUUACAAAUCUCAUGGGUAACUCGAUUAAGUUCACAGACAAAGGACAUAUAUUUGUGACUAUCCAUCUUGUUGAGGAGGUUUUCCAUUCAAUAGAAGUUGAGAGAGAAUCCACUUCUAAAGAUGCAGAACAUACAUUAAGUGGUUUCCCAGUUGCUGAUGGUCGCCGCAGCUGGGAAGGAUUCAGAGCCUUCAGUCACGAGGGACCUCUUGGUUCUUUCUCGUCCACCUCCUCCAACGAUCUCAUCAGUUUGAUUGUAUCGGUAGAGGAUACAGGCGAUGGUAUUCCUCUAGAGUCACAGCCGAUGAUAUUCACUCCAUUCAUGCAGGUAGGUCCAUCCAUCUCGAGAAAACACGGAGGAACUGGUAUUGGUCUAAGCAUUAGCAAGUGUUUAGUUGGCCUCAUGAAUGGAGAAAUCGGAUUUGUGAGCGAACCAAAGAUUGGAAGCACUUUCACAUUUACAGCUGUGUUCACCAAUGCAUGUCCUAAUUCAAAUGAGCUUAAAACUCAACAAAUCAAUAACCAACCUCAUCCUGCAACUUCAGAGUUUAAUGGUAUGGCGGCACUAGUUAUUGAUCCAAGACCCGUUCGUGCUGAAGUGUCGAGAUAUCACAUACAAAGGCUUGGCGUUCGUGUUGAAAUAGUUUCAGAUUUGAAGCAAGGUUUGUCCACCGUAACCGAUGGGGAUGCAUCUGUCAAUAUGAUCCUGAUUGAACAGGAGGUUUGGGAUAGAGACUCGAGUAUUUCAUCGCACUUUGUGAAUAACAUUAGGAAAGUUGUUGAAAUUGAUAAAGGAAAAGGGAUUCCUCCAAAACUAUUCAUUCUUGUUAAUUCUAGUAGUUCUUUUAGAGCGGGUUCUACGGCAUCAUGUCUUCAUAAUCCAACAGUUGUCACAAAACCUUUGAGAGCAAGUAUGCUUGCGGCUUCACUACAAAGAGCAAUGGGUGUUGGGAACAAAGGGAAUCCUCGAAACGGAGAACAUCAGGGUUUGUCUCUCAAGCAUCUUCUCUCUGGGAGAAAGAUUCUUAUUGUAGAUGAUAAUAGUGUGAAUCGCACGGUAGCGGCUGGUGCUUUGAAAAAAUAUGGAGCUGGUGUGGUUUGUGUAAGCAGUGGAAUAGAAGCCAUCACUAUGCUGAGGCCACCCCAUCAAUUUGAUGCAUGUUUCAUGGAUAUUCAAAUGCCUGAAAUGGAUGGGUUUGAAGCUACACGUCGAAUUCGAGAGAUCGAAAACAGUGUGAAAGACAGAGAACUGUUUGUUCAUCUACCCAUUUUGGCUAUGACCGCAGAUGUGAUGCAGGCUACACACCAGGAAUGCUCUAAGUGUGGGAUGGAUGGAUAUGUUUCAAAACCAUUUGAAGCUGAACAACUUUAUAGAGAGGUUUCAAAGUUUUUCCAAUCAUCUUGAGAAACGAAAAUACAAAGCUGUUCUAAACCAAACAAACAAUGGAAGGAUCAGCGUCUGCUCGUUAGGUCGUAGAUGUGCAUAUAUUCAGAUAUCUCCUCAGCUCAGAGGAAUGUAGUACAUAAGAGCAAAGUUUUAUUGGUUGGAAUUGAGUCUUGAAUGGUUGUAAGGGUAUGAAAAGUCUCACUAAUUCUUCUAGGCAAAUUCACUAUAUUCCAUGGUAACUGCAAACUGGAAGUGAAUGAGAGGGAAUUAGUUAUUAUACUGUCUCAUCCUCUUCUGCAUGCAAUACUACUACUACUCAUAGUACUCUAAUAACGUUACUUUGUUAUGUGUAUUGAUGUAUGUAUGUAUGUAUGUAUGUAGAGGUAUAUGUGUAUAUGAGAUUGAUUGAAUGCAUAGAUAGAAGGAAAUGAGGUUGUUGGUGACAAAGGAGGCAAAGUGUACCAUAGACCAUAGUGCAUGUGAAUUACAAGUAGUUCAUCAUGACUCAUCGUGAGUGGCCACAUGAGCUUUUGCUUCUUUUGGCUUUCAAACAUGUAAAUGACACGUUGUAAAAUCAUAUUUGAGUGAUCCACCAUUUUUUGGCCGAUUUGUACUUA